AUGAAGCCCCCCAAAGCAUGCCGACAGUGUCGGGAGAGCAAACGGAAAUGCCUUCGUCGUAGUCUCGCGGUAGGUGAGCCCUGCGAUACUUGUCGAGUUAGAAGCUUGCCGUGUGCAAGCUCCCUCUCGCGCGUUCCUCCAUCGCCGCUGCCGUUGCUCCCAAGGCCUGAACCGACGCCUUCAUUGUCAAACACCUCCACGCCUACUUCGUCAAAGACCGAAGGCACAGACUUGCCGCUUCACACGGCUGUCCUCCUUGUCGACUAUUAUCUGGACAAGCUACAUAAUCGACCGCAUAGUCUGUUUCACCCAGCCAAGCUUCGGCAGGAGGUUCAGGAUGGGUCUAUCAGCAGGAUUCUCUUGUUGGCCAUUUGCAGCAUGGGCUCGAGAUUCGCUCUUGACGAAGAGACGCGGGCUCUCGAGGCCGGGUUGAUGGAGGAAUCCAAGCGGACGUUGCUGGCGAAUUUGGAAAACGUGUGCGUCGAAAACAUUCAGGCGUGUAUCCUCAUCGCGAACCUCUGCGCGGCUCACCUGAACCCUUCUUCAGAAGCUUUGUUCUUCCGCACCGGCAUCAGUCUCUCUCACAUUAUGCAGCUUGGCACCUCCACUGUAGGGUCCCGGCUAGUUGAUCUCGAGAUUCACAGGAGAAUAUGGUGGUCACUCUUCAUGGCAGAUCGAUGGUCGUCUUCAAGCCUGCGCUUGUUGCCACAGAUUCGAGAUACAGAGCUUGCUGUUGAUCUGCCCAUGGACGAAGCCAUAUUUGAGUCCCUAGAUCCUACAGCGACGCAAUUAGAGAAGCCGUGGCAACCAGGAAUAUGGGCUUUCAAGAUCUCUCUGGUACAGUUGUUUGGCCCAAUACAGCAGCUCAAUCGUCAUAGUGUCAACAGAAGUAUGACUGCGGAGGACAUCGAGAGCAGCAUUCUCUCUUUGUCUCAGCAGCUGGAGACUUGGGAAGAGUCCCUGCCCGACAACAUCAAAUGGAAAGAGGAAAUGCUGGACUGGCAUAUUAACAGAGGAACCGGAGGGCCAUAUGUCGCCCUUCAUCUUGGGUAUCAUCACUACUCCGUUCUGCUCUACUUCAGGUUUCUCAGCUCUCAAGAGCCAAGAUCUCCCGCGUCUAGCAUGUAUCAUAGUAGGUGCAAGGCCCACGCCUCGGCUUACAGCAAUCUUGUCAAACUCGCCCGUGGUAGGCAGGGAUGCGAAGUCGUCUAUCCUACUGUCGGGCACAUGGCGGUAGUAUCGUCAUCGGUCCUCCUCCAUACACUCUUAUUCGGUGAAGAAGCAGAUCUGAAGAGCGCCAGAGAUGCCUUGAAUGCGAAUUUUGCAGCCAUUGUCGAACUGCGACAGUACUGGCCAAACACUGCGCCAAUGAUCGAACGCCUUGCUACUUUUCAAAACUUCUGCCUGCUGUCAUGCGACUCCAGAACGCAUGAUUUCGAUGACUGGAUGGUGCGCUUUCUGACCGAAUACUCACUGCCUCUGGAAGAAAAGGAUAUUCAACACGUGAGAUCGGGCAUGGACUACGACAUUGACAGCUUUUCAGCUCGAACUCAAGCACUCACACAGCAAGGGAGGUAUACUUCGUUUCAGACUGAUACCUCUGAUGCCUAUAGCUUACAGCUUCAUGAGUUCGACUACCUAAUUUAG